AUGACGACUAUAGAAGAUGACCCGAAGGUGUUUCAAGGCACGCCUAAUGAAGAUGCGCGCCUUGAGAAUUUGGGAUAUGAGCAAGAGCUCAAGAGAUCUUUUGGUCUGAUUAGUAUGAUUGGCUUUAGUUUCAGUGUGGUAACAUCAUGGACUGCACUGAGUGGUGUUUUUAUCGUCGGCGUGACCUCCGGCGGUCCUCCUGUUAUGAUUUUCAGUUUUAUCGGUGUCAGCUUGUUGACACUGGCCGUCGCAAUUCCUAUGGCAGAGAUGUGCUCGAUGUAUCCAGUGGCCGGUGGUCAAUACUCAUGGGUUGCGGCUCUGGCUCCUCCAAGUAUAGCUCGAGGUCUUUCCUAUGUGACUGGAUGGUUCAUGUUGAUUGGUCUGUUGGCCAUGGGUGCCACCAAUAACUCCAUUGCCUCCAAUUUCGUUCUCGGAAUGGCCAACCUUAUAUUCCCCGAAUUCGAAAUUCAAAGAUGGCAAACCGUUUUAGUUGCCUACCUUGUCGCAUUCCUUUCAGCGGCUGUCAACCUCUGGGGCUCACAUUUACUCCACCGAAUCUCGAAAGCAAUUUUGAUUUGGAACGUCGCAUCGUUCGUUAUCGUUACAGCCACGAUCCUUGCCACAAACGACCACAAGCAGCCCGCAUCCUUUGUAUUCCAAGACUUCCAGAACGGCACCGGUUUCGGAACUGGCAUGGCCGCCAUUGUUGGUGUUUUACAGGCCUGCUUCGGCAUGUGCUGCUAUGACGCCCCGUCACAUAUGACAGAAGAAAUGAAAUCUGCCUCGAAAGAGGCACCCAAGGCUAUAGUUCUCGCCGUUGUCCUUGGCGCAGUCACUGGAUUUAUUUUCCUUAUCUCUCUUUGCUUCUGCAUCGGUGAUAUCGAGUCAACGGCUGGCACGAGCACUGGUGUACCCGUGAUUCAGAUCAUCUACGAUUCCACUGGGAACAAGGCUGCCACUGUUAUCUUGUCAAGCUUGAUCUCGGUCAUUGUGAUUGUGGCUGGAAACAACAUUCUUGCUGAAGGAUCGCGUGCUGCGUAUGCCUUUGCAAGAGACAAUGGCCUGCCCUUUUCCAAGUUCUUCAGCAAGGUCGAAAGCAAGACCCACGUUCCUGUGAACGCUGUGCUCCUUACUCUUGCUGUGCAGCUUGCGCUCGGUGCUAUUGAGUUUGGCACAACCACUGGAUUCCAGACUGUCAUUGCUAUCUCAACGGAAGGCUUUUACCUAUCAUACGCAAUGGCACUUAUCAGUCGCCUGGCUGGAUACUUCUCCGGUCAUGUAACGAAGCUUGACGGCCCCUACUCUUUUUCGGUACCAGUCUCCAUCGCCCUCAACAUUAUCGGACUCUUGUUCCUUCUAUUUGCAGCUAUCACCUUUAACUUCCCGAGCACAAAUCCUGUCGAUCAACAAUCCAUGAAUUAUACCAGUGCUGCUGUUGGCGUCGUUGGCGUCAUUAGCCUCAUCACCUGGCUUACUACAGGACGAAAACAAUUUUCUGGCCCUGGUGGUGUGAGCUUUUUAAGUGGACAGAACACAGCACAAGAUAUCACCGGAGCAGAUGUGCCAGCGGCUGAGAAGAAAAGUUGA